AACACACUGAUCAUGCAGUCAUACUCAUAGCCUUUCCGUGGAGCAGCAGCGGAGAAGAUUUUAUGCAGGCCAUGUAUUAGCUGCAGCAUUUGUGCUGUUUUUGCCAAUCAACCACCUGAUCAGUGCAGUGCGAAGCGAGAACGUAGGUCUUGUUGUCGGUGCACAGAGAUAUUUCCAUGUCACAACAGUAGCCCCAUGAUCUGCCACAGACGAUAGGUUUGAGUGAAAUAUCCGCUAGAUCAUUCACCUACAGGAUCGCUGCUGUCCUGUCAUUGUGAACUGGAGUAGGGAUAAUCAGCCAGAGCGUUGUAUAUUCAGAACAUCACACUAGUGACUGUGUUUCUACGAGGAAGCCGCUCAGUUUGUGUUUGCCUGGUCGCUGGAAUUCGACGACCAGCGGCUGGUGUGAGUUCGACUCACGAUUUCAGCACUAGAUCAGAGGUAGCCUGCCUCGCGCUGUUCGUAGGGAAAGAAUUAGACGUGAGCGUGAGUUGCGUUGGUGAAAUGGACGCUAUUUAUGACGAUAGCAGUGCGCCAUCGUCGCCGGAACCUUCCGGGUACGCUCAGGAGCAAAUCGCACCAGCGUUUGUCGUGGACAAGACAGCAGAUCGAGGAAGGACUCUACCGUCGGCCAUGGCGGAGGAGAGAGCGAAAGUCGUGGCCGUGUUCAACUCGUGCCGAACGCACGGUAUGUGCAGCAUGGGCGCCAUGAAUCAUCUCCGAGACAGCCUGUGCGAUGUGGAGCUGCUGGUGGAGAAGAAAAGCAUUCGGGCACAUCGUGUUGUUCUGGCCGCGUGUAGUCCCUAUUUCCGCGCCAUGUUGGCUGGCCAGAUGACAGAACGCCACCAACGGACGAUCGAAAUGCACGACGUGGAGUACGAAUCGGUGAACAGCAUUGUGGAGUACUUCUACACAGCGUCGCUGAGCAUCAGCAUAGAAAGUGUGCAGCAGCUAAUGGUCACAGCCAGCAUGUUACAAGUCAAGGAAGUCCAGACUGCCUGUGCUCGCUUCAUGCACGAACACCUGGAGACAGCCAAUUGCCUGGCCGUGCUGCAGUUUUCCAUCCUAUUCAACUGCGACGACCUGCGUAGAGCCGCGAUACGCUUUGCCGAGCUCAACUUCAGGGAGGUGGCGGAGAGGGAGGAAUUUCUAGAGCAGCCGCUCAACGUGGUGGUGUCUCUCAUCUCCAGCGCAAAGCUGGCCGUGGAGAUGGAGGAGUUUGUGUACGAGAGCGUGAUCCGCUGGGUGCGGCACGACACUGAGUCGCGGCGCGAGCACUUUCCCGUGCUGCUGAAGCACGUACGCCUGUGGCAGCUGACGCUGCCGUACCUGACGGAGACGGUGAGCCAUUGCGACCUGGUGCGCAUGAGCCUGGAGUGCCGCGACAUGAUCGACCAGGCCAAGGACUACCACCUGCUGCCGGAGAUGCGAUCGCGCCUGACGCUGAUGCCGGCGCGGCCGUGCACCAUCGGCGUGCUAUUCGUCGUCGGCGGCAUGAACAACCUUGGCCUGCCGGUCGAACGCGUAGAGAAGCACGCGCUGGAGAACGUCGGCGGCCCGGUACCCGUCAAGGCGAGUGGCAGCAGCUCGCACUCGACUAGCGGCGGUCAGGACGAGGGCAGCGCCACCGCCAGCAGCAGCACCAGCGGGGUCGACUCGUCGCCGUCAUCGUCGGGUGGUUUCGACGUGCCGCCGCUCUACAUCGCUCGCAGCGGUCUGUCCGUGGCCAUCAUCAAGGACAAGCUGUACGCGAUCGGCGGGCACGUUCCCGGCAAGCUGGGCCCCGAGGGCAACGGCUACCUGAACAGCGUGGAGUGCUACGAUCCGGCGACUCGCAAGUGGGAGUUUGUGGCGGAGAUGAAGCACGCACGCCGUUACGUUGCCGUGACGGCUCUCAACGACAAGCUCUACGCCAUCGGCGGAUGCAACGCUAAGGAAGUGUUGGACGUGACGGAGAGCUACGACCCGGUGACAAACAAGUGGACGGAGUGCGCGCGCAUGCGUUGCCCGCGGCGACACGCCGGCGCCGCGGCGCUGGGCGAGAACGUGUACGUGGUCGGCGGGCACGACGGCAACACGUACCUACGUAGCGUGGAGUGCUACAACCCCAGCACCGACCAGUGGACGGCCAUCUGCUCCAUGGCGGGCAGGCGCGGCGGCCUCGGCGUGGCCACCGUGGAGAACCGCCUGUACGCCGUGGGUGGUUACAACGGCUCCAAGAACCUCAGCACCGUGGAGUACCUGGAGGAGGAGCACACGUGGAAGAUGGCCGUGCCGAUGAAGACGUGCCGGAGCGGACUGGCCGCGACGAGUGCCGGCGGCCGUUUGCUCGUUGUUGGCGGCCACUGCGGCUCGAGCUACCUGGAAACGACCGAGUGGUUUGAGCCUAGGUCCGGUCUGUGGCAGGCGGGCCCGCGCCUGGCUCUGGCACGUGCCGUGACCGGCGUUGCCGUCUUCACGAGUCGCAUCGCCGCCAUGGAGCUGCAGAGAACGCCGAACCCGGAGCCGACCAGCGAGAUGGAGUCCUGGGACGACAACUGGGAGAUGACGUUCACCAGCAACUCUCCAUCGCGGGCUAUGAGUACGCUUGUACUGCCAGCGGUAGUGGGAGAGGGCAGUGCACCCAUGGCGGCUGCCGCUUCUGCCAGCGCACACGAAGAUGUACGCAUGGAUGAUUCAUCCGUGUGACGACUGGACACGGGGAGGUACGCAUGGAUUAUUCAUCCGUGUGAUUUCAGUAGCACGGCACGGCGAAGCAUGGAUGAAUGACUCUUCUGGAUGAAGAAGACUUGCUGCGGCCACUUGAUUCUCAACACCAUCAGCCCUAGUAGUGUGAGAUGUACGCGGGGGAGCUGAUGUCUCGCUCUGCAAAAUGUGCGUCAGUACAUCAAGUGUCCAAGUUGCUUGUAGAAGAAAUGACUGCGUAUGACCAGCUGCCGAUGACCCAACGUGGCCAGGGUAACUCUUUUAAGUUUUAACACCACGUUCCUGAGAAGGAAGUGGUGGCGUUUUGAGGGAAUCAACAAUUAACAUUCCACCACUGUUGAUAAUCAUGCUCUUUUUAUUCUGUCUCUGAAAUUAAUAUUGAUCUCAGUUGACUUGAAUCCUCUGACCGAUUUUCUGUCCUAACUGACUUGCAUUGCCUUCGCUUUGACUCAUCUCAUCCUUCACCAUCCAAAUAUAUACAAUGUACCUAUUUCCUCGGACACUGCAUGUGUUCGUAUUCACGAGUACUAUCACAAAUCGCUGGUCAGGCAUAUCAAGUAUGAUCUCGCAGGACGUGUCAUCAGGACUCGUUUCGUCUUUAUCUUUUAAACUCAGCCAGUAGCACGCCGUUGUGUGUGUGUGUGUGUGUGUGCUACCACACGGUCUUGUCUUUUGUUUGCUAUCUUUGUUAGUCUGCUGUUGCUGCUGCUGCUGUCCGCUUGUAGAGCAUGUGAACCCAACUCAUGAAAUCGUCUCCUUAGCCAUGGAUGCUGUCACAGAUCACAGUUUGAACUUUAAUGCAGUACUAGUGUAGCGGA